AUGGAAGACAUGGGUCACUUAAAAUAUGGUGGUGGCAGUGCUGCUCAAAGCUCUACGAUCCAGCUUAUCGAUGCAUUUUUGAAGGUUGAGCAUACAGGUGCCGACAACGACUUUCUAAUUAGACAACGAGAUUACAUGCCAAGAGAACAUCGCGAAUUGCUACAAUGGGUUGAAGAAGCUACACCAGUUCAAAAAUCUACGCCAGGUCGUGAAGAAGCCCUCGAAGCUCUUAGAAUGUUUCGCUCAAAACAUCUCAACCUUGUAAGCUGCAUCUAUCGAUUAUUACAAUAUUUUCUACGUGUUCAAAUUCAACACGAACUUUAGGU